AUGCAAACGGCAUCCUCUGAGUACCACCAGCACCCCAGAGUCACCAUCACCCAGCGUGGACCCCCCUCGCGCUCUCAUGCAUCCCAUACCAUCACUCGACGCGCCAAAACCAAAAAUCUCUGGCGUCCCUGGCUUCUCCAGCAUCCCUGGUCAUUCCGCAUCCUCAAAAAUUAUUUCAAAGUCCACUCGAGCGCUCGGAGUCACUCACCUGGCCCACACCAAUCACGCCUACUGCAGCUCAGCUUACCGCACACCCCAUUGAUUUCUGCAACACCAGAGCUCAACCUCACACACCACCCAGGCAUCAAGCAUCAACCAAAAAACUCGCCUUGCUCACCGACCUAUGAGCAACCCCGUCAAGUAACAGUCAAGCGGUUCACGUUCAGGAAGGUGGGGAGUACCCCAUCUUUCUGCGUGGACUUCGAUCUACUCGAUUUAUCAUCACCAGCGCUUGCUCGAUGGCGGGGAUCAUCUCAAAACAAUAAUCUAUCCGAACCCAGCCUGCUCACCAAAAAAACUGUAACCCGCUUGCUUGAAUCGGACAACCCCGCCGACUACACGCUCCUCUGCUUUUCGCUCUCCUCGAUCUUCAGCACCUCACUUUUCCUCCUCCCCGCCACCAUAUCUCAUGCCCAAAUCCUCCUCUACGGCCAGCUCCAGCGGCUCCAUCGCUUAGCCUCCGAUGCAGCGGGUGUAGGCAGCCGCUCCACUGUCAACGGCAAUGGGCUCAAUCCAGGCUGGGACGACCACAACCUCUACAUGUCCUACCCGACAAUCAAAACCCUGUCUAAUACCUCUCAAAGUACCUCGGCGCGGGAGAGGAGCAUCUCCCCCGGGGACAAUCUCAUCAAGACCCUAGUGCCGUUCCUGACCUCCAAACAACCCCCCUUCAGGGAAGCAACGAUUUGGGCCAUGAGCUCGAUCCACGUCUCGAUGUACCCGACCCUGCUGGAAGGCCUCUCAGGCCUUGCGCACCAUCUCACCAGCGAGCGCAAGAUGAUCGAAGCCCAGAAGGACCGCUCCGCCCGGCCCAACGGGACCGUCAAGAUCAUCAGGCUCUUCUCGGCCAUUGGCAAGCUCCAUGAAUCGACUACUAAGCUCUUGUCCCAUCACGACUAUCGCAUCGCAGACCGGACUAUUGACAUCCUGUCCACUUUCUCUCGCGAAACUUGUAUUUUUUUGAAGUCCCAACAGAAUCUCGAUGACCUUGUCUCCCUCUCUAUCUGCAAAUCUUUCCUCAUUUUUGCCAAAAGACUGUUAAGGAAGGCCGCCAUCUCACGACCAUUGUCUUCAGCCACCGUUGAUCACACACAUCUCUUCCCGAAUGAGCUCUUCCUUGAUUUCUACAAUCUGGCUGAGGAUUGGAGCACCCGGGCAAUCAAUUCGUCGGAAUCAACCGCUGAUUUUGAGCUAGAUUGA